AUGUCUGACCCCCCUGGCUCACUGAGCCCCCACAAUGGCAUGGCGAGCCCAGGUCCUGCAAGGAAGCGCAAGAGAAAGAGCCGAAAAGGUCUCGAAAAGAGAUUCACUUGCGAAAUAGAUGCAUGUGGCAAGGUUUAUUCGCGCGCAGAACAUCUUCAGCGGCAUCAGCUCAACCACAACUCACCCCAGACUUUCCGCUGCGACUUUUCCGACUGCAGCCGUACCUUUGUCCGCCCCGACUUGCUCAAGCGUCACUUAGACAGACAUGUCGCCAAAGGGACUCAUGGAGUCGACACCAACGCCGCUGAAGCUCGCUCACCUUCACCACAGACACCGGAGGCCCCCAUGCACGCGCAGGGGUAUACCCAACAGGCUCAUGUGCUUGCCGUAAACGAUGGAUAUCGAGUGACCGCUGCGACGAGACAGUUUCGCAGCAAUGCUACAGGCUCUCACAUGGUUCCCGCCGACACUGUCGCCAGAGGAGGAACCCAAGUUCCACUUCAAAAUCUUCCCAAUCACAACCCACAUCAGGUCGAUAUGGGCUACGGCUUAGCAACAGCAAGAUAUACGCAGGCACCGGAGAGGCGAAGCACUCCCCUCCAAACUGCGCCAGCAAUGAACCAGAUGGCUCUCUAUGAACCCAUGCCCUUGGGAGAUGCCGGGCCAGUGUUUGGUGCCGAUGCUGGGCUUCACAAAUCUCCCACUGGCGGCAUGCCUGAAGACUUUAUGGCCUAUUUAUUUGAUACUGCGUCGAAUGCUUCUGGCGGGGGAACCGGGAUGCUGCCAGCAGCGUCGAUGAACUAUGGGGAUCUCAACCAUAAUCAGAACCCAAAUAGCAACUCCUAUUUUGGAAGUCAGUCUGGCCCAAUCCAGCAAAUAGGACCGCAGCAAAUUAUGUCGGUGUACAAUCUUUUGGAACCCAACAUGCCAGAAGCCAGCAUGUCUGACACCAGGAGCCAAGAAUUGUUCGACUACAUAAAAGCUCGGUUCCACGGCCACGAAAAUGACGAUCUCUGUCACACAAAAGACUCUAUUAUUUCCGGCGACAGAAGUAGCAGUGAGCAUAUGCUGAGCAAGCGAAUGAUGCAAGCCUACAUCGGGUCAUUUUGGAAGCACUUUAGCGCUCAGAUGCCAAUCCUGCACAAGCCGACCUUUGUCGCCGACAAAACACCGACGAUUCUACUCUUGGUAAUCAUGGCCAUCGGAGCUGCCUGUCUGGACAAGAAGCGCGGAACCGAAGUGACCCUGGCAGGGGUGCGCCUCUCAAACUUUCUCGUCACGCACCUGCGGUGGGAAGUUUUCAUGGAUCCAGGCUUCCGCCCCCCGGCGAAGCUAUGGGUCUUUCAAACGCUCAUCUUCCUAGAACUGUAUGAGAAGAUGUGCUCGACGAGAGAAUUACAUGAAAGAGCGCACAUUCACCACGCCACCACCAUUACCCUCAUGCGGCGUGGUCGCAGCUUGAUAGGAAAAUCGUCUUCUGAUUCACCGAUUCAUGCAGGUGGCUCCGCACCCGCAAAGACUGCAGAUGAGCAGUGGGAACAAUGGAUCAUCAAUGAGUCAACUAGACGAGCUGCUUGCGCGGCGUUCACGAUUGAUUCGCUCCAUGCGACCAUGUUCGGUCAUUCAGCUGUCAUGGCCGCUCAUGAGAUGCGCUUACCACUGCCCUGCGACGACUCGCUUUGGACCGCCACGAGCAGUGCUGAAUUUAGCAGGGUAGAGAAGAGGCUCAUGAAGCAGGGCGUGACGCCCAUCUCCUUUCUGGAAGGGCUUAAGAAAACCCUCAACAAGCAGCACGUGCACACAACCUACUUCGUCAGAGGCGUGCUCAUGGCAGGUCUGCUCAAUGUGACAUAUCAUCUAAACCAGCGCGACUUGCAAGCCAAUGUUCUCGGUGGCGGCAUGGCGCAUACGCCUGGCGGCCGAGACAAGUGGCGGACUGCACUGACACGCGCAUAUGACUUUUGGAAAACAGAUUUCGACUGUUUCCUGACAGGAAAAGAGCCGCCACGAGACCCAUACGGCGACGAUGAAGUGGACACGGAGAUAUGCACCAUGUUUGAGAGCCGCACAGUGCUGCAUCACCUGGCGCACAUGGCUAUGCACGCCGACAUUGUCGAUUGCCAAAUCUUUGCAGGUGCCAAGCGACUGCUGGGCCGACCGGUUGGCGCAAAUGAGUUUUCAGCCGCACAGCGGCGCAUCAAAGAGGACUGGGCACCAUCGGCGAAAGCCCGCGACGCCGCCUUUUACGCGCUCAAGGUCCUUCGCUUCGUACUGGCGCCCGACCAGAUCGGACGAAAGGAGGACGUGCCGGUGCGGUCGCAGCCUGGUCAACCGUACGAGGUCCGAAACGACAUUUUGCUCAACCGUCCGUGGGUCCUCUACUUCGCGGCGCUGAUUAUCUGGUGCUACGGAUACGCCUUGGAGGGGCCGACCCUGCGGUAUGCGGAGCCGACGACGCACCGGGAUCGGUGGGCGCAGAUGCGCGGCUAUCUCUCUGUGCAUGCCAGCCUGGACGAGCCGAGCGAGCUGCAGGACAUGAGAGGUUUCAACGGGAAUAUAGCGCUGCUCAUGGUGCUGCGGGACUCGCUGGGGCAGUCGCGGUGGGAGCUGCUGCACGAGGCGGGCAAGCUGUUGCAGAACUGCAUAGCGCUGAGCCAAGGCCGUGGGACUCCAUGA